UUACAGUAGUGGAAGAUAACACUUUAUUUGCUUGAAAUGGAUGGAGUUGGUUUGAGUAACUCUUCUAUUAAACUAGAAAAGACAGAAGGGGCUGAGUUUUCUUGUGGGCUGAUUCAUGUGAAACAAGAAGAAGAAGAAAUACAAACCACAGAUGAUGAUGCAAAUAAUUCUGACAGUCCCAUUAAAGAAGAAAAGAAAGAUGAAACUGAUUCUGAUUGUGACCAGUACGACCGUGAUAAAUUAUCGUAUAUCAGACAGGAUGACUUAAAAUCAAAGAUAAACCCUGACUCGGAAGCUCUUUCUAAAUUCAGUCGUGAUUACUCGAAAUAUGAUGAUGGAGCAGUAGACUCUCCUGAAUUAAGGGAAAAUUUAAGAAUAUAUUGAAUCGAAGAGAAAAGUCGAUACUAUUCUUGUUGCGGUGAUGAAGUGGCUAAAAAUUUCAACUUAGAAAGUCAUACUGAGGUUCGUCUUACUGGUAAGAAUAAGAAGACUCAUCAAUGUCCUUAUUGUGAAUAUAAAACUGUAAAAAGACCGCAAUUAAAAUUCCAUAUAAUGGGCCUUCACACAUGUGAGAAACCUCACUAUUGUCCUCAUUGUGAAUAUAAAGCUUUACACAAGCAUCAUUUAAAAGGACAUAUAUUAAGUCGCCAUACUGCUAAGAAUCCUCUUCAGCGUGUGAUG